AAUGAUGUAGAUAAUAAUCGCUGUUAUAUGUUGGUGCACCAAGCGAAAAGGCUUAAUUCACCUUGUUUCGUGGUAACCAAUCAUGAUAGCAGUUUCUUUCCUAAUUUGCUGGAAAGUAAAGCAGAUGGUAGUAAAUCAAUAUUGAAAUUCGAUAAGAUUUUAUGCGAUGUUCCAUGCUCUGGUGAUGGCACGCUACGCAAGAAUCCUGACAUUUGGACCAAAUGGAAUUUAGCACAGGCCUACAAUUUGCAUGGUAUUCAGUAUCGUAUUACACGUCGUGGCGCUGAAAUGCUCAGCGUUGGCGGCCGUUUAGUCUACUCGACCUGCUCCUUAAAUCCUAUUGAGAAUGAGGCUGUGUUGCAACGUAUUAUUGCUGAUGCAGAUGGCGCUUUAGAGAUUGUAGAUGCUUCGCAUUUAGUGCCAGGAUUAAAAUAUAAGCCUGGUAUGACCAGUUGGAAGUUGGCAACAAAGGAAGUUGACCAAAUAUUUACCAGUUUCGAUGAGGUGCCUGAAAAGUAUCACACUAUCAUUAGACCUAAUAUGUUUCCGCUGCCACAGGAGCAAAUUGAACAAAUCGGUUUAGAAAAAUGCAUACGCGUGCUUCCCCACCUUCAAGACUCUGGUGGUUUCUUUGUCGCUGUCAUUGAAAAACGUCGUCAAUUACCUUUCGAGAAGAACGACUUACAGUCGCUGCUCGAAAAGCCCAAACCCGAGGUGAAAUUAGAUGAAAAUGGUCAACCUAUCGAGGAAAAAUCUGUGCCAUGGGGACCACAGCGAAAGCGCCGUCGUCUACAUGGCUACAAAGAAGAUCCGUACAUAUUCUUCGAGGAGCAGGACGCCGAUUGGGAUGAGCUCAAAUCAUUCUUUGCUCUCGAUGAUACGCUAAAUAAACGUUGCCUGCUCACACGCUGCGUCACCGAUAAGAAAAAGAAUAUCUACUACUGCUCAGAGCCUAUACGUGAUAUGGUUUUGUUAAAUGAGGAUACCAUAAAAAUCAUUAACACAGGCGUGAAAACUUUUGUACGCUGCGAGAAUCGUCACACGAUGCAUCCGUUCCGCUUGGCCCAAGAAGGUCUGCAGACAUCAAACGCAUUUAUGGGCGCUAUACGCCGCAUAGAAAUCUCAAGGGAAGAUUUGAUUUUACUGCUCAAUUGUACGGAUCCCACUAAGCCACCUUCAACGCUGCAGUUGGCACCGGAAACUCAAGAGCGUUGCAAAGAAUUGGGUGUUGGCAGCUGUAUAUUGAAAUACGAGGAUCCACGUUUCACAUUAUUCCUUGUAGGUUGGCGCGGUUCUUCUAGCUUGCGCGCCUAUGUGGACACCAAUGAGACAGUGCAUGUAUUGCGUCUAUUGGGUGCCGAUAUAAGCAAGUUUGAAGUCAACAAGUAUGAAAAAGCUAAAGAGGCUGCGGCUGCCGCAGCGGCGGCGGCUAUUACGGCUGCUGAGGCGCCAAAGGCUGAUGUGCCUGCUGACGAGAAGGAAAUGGCUGUGGAUGAGCAGGAGGAAAUGGCUGUGACUUCAACUGAGACAACCAAUGAUGUGGACGUAGCGCCAGUCGCUGAAUAAUUCAAUUAGCUAGCGUACAAUUUAAAUAUUAUUAUUGUUAACCUUUAGUUACGAUAUACAUUUUUUUUUGUAAAAUAACACAAUGAUACACUCAUUUUUGUAUGCAUUAGUUAAACGAAAAAUUGUUGUUUGAAAUGCAAAUAUAUUGUAUAUGAGCAGCUGAUUAAAAGCCCGUUGCACACCCUCUACAAUCGGAUAUAGGCAACCUUAACGUACCAGAUUUAUAUCAGUUUUUAUUUUGUGUUCCAUAUCAAAAAAUGCAGAUAUAGAAAACUUUAGUAAUCGCCUGUGAGUAUGCUUCUUUCGGGUAUUGAAAAAGAAAUCUAAGCCAAUGAUAUGCAAGUAGCGCCUUUAGUCAGACUUUAAUUUUCUUAGGCCAUACAUUCAACUGAUCUCUGCUGUAACAACAAACGGAGAAAUCACAGUUGAAUGCUCUCCUGAUUUUUUUGGUAACUAGCUGAUAAGCCAAACGAUCAUAAAAAAUGCCGAUAUUAUCAAAGUGAUAACCCAAUAUACAAAUCUAGAAAGAACGGCUGAUUAGAUACAUUCAAAAAUAUGCAAAACGAAAGAAUUUAUGAGCAGCAAAUGGUGUGCGGCUGAAGGUUAAAAGCAUAGGAUGGAGUAAAUUAAUUUUCAUUUUACCCACUGGUCUUAAGUUUAGAGUCGAGACGAGCAGCGCAUAGCAGUGAAAAUGUGGCUGCAGAAAUUACUGAAUUAUUGGAUAUACUGUGGUUCGUGCAUUGCGGCCAUAAGCGGCGAGGUAACAAGCGCAGAAAUUAA